GCGGGCCUGGUGGGGGCGGGGCCGGAACCUUAAAGGGGCCGCGCCGGCGGGGCGGGCUGUAGAAGCUGAGGAUCGCGCUGAUUUCUGUGUCGCUCUCUCCAGCGGACCACGGCGUCGUCGUCACCAUGUCCCUGGCGGCGUCGGCGGGCCGGGGCCUGGGGGCCGUAUGGUCCCCAACGCACGUGCAGGUGACGGUGCUGCAGGCGCGGGGCCUGCGGGCGAAGGGCCCGGGUGGCACGAGCGACGCGUACGCGGUGAUCCAGGUGGGCAAGGAGAAGUACGCCACCUCGGUGUCGGAGCGCAGCCUGGGCGCGCCCGUGUGGCGGGAGGAGGCCACCUUCGAGCUGCCGCCGCUGUUGUCCGCCGGGGCCGCGCCCGCAGCCGCCGCCACCCUGCAGCUCACGGUGCUGCACCGCGCGCUGCUCGGCCUCGACAAGUUCCUGGGCCGCGCCGAGGUCGACCUGCGAGAGCUGCACCGGGACCAGGGCCGCAGGAAGACCCAGUGGUAUGCCUUGAAAUCCAAACCCGGAAAGAAGGAUAAAGAGCGAGGAGAAAUUGAGGUUGACAUCCAGUUCAUGCGAAACAACAUGACAGCCAGCAUGUUCGACCUUUCCAUGAAGGACAAGUCUCGGGGCCCGUUUGGGAAACUGAAGGACAAGAUCAAGGGGAAGCACAAGGACGGUGUGUCAGAUACCGCCUCAGCGGUCGUCCCCGGUGUGUCGCCCUCGGCUGACAGCGAUGACGAGUCUCCUUCGAAAGACAAGAAAAAGAAGUCCAAGAUCAAGACCUUGUUUUCCAAGUCUAAUUUGCAGAAAACACCGCUGUCCCAGUCCAUGUCUGUUCUGCCGACGUCAAAGCCGGACAGAGUGCUGCUCCGUCCUGGAGACUUUCAGUCCCGGUGGGAGGACGAGGACAACCAGGACGAGGCCUCCUCUGCCUCGGAGGUCACAUCUCCCAAGAGAGCGGUGAGUGCAGACCCUAAGCAACUGAGCCAGGCCAACCUCAGCCUUCCCAGGAAGGAAGGGCUCUCCUUUCUUGGUGGCCUUCGGUCUAAGAAUGACUUCCUUUCCCGAUCUAAUGUCUGUAUCAAUGGGAACCACGUCUACAUGGAGCAGCUGGAAGCCAAGGGUGACACCAAGGACAGCAGCCCCUCCCCCUCCCCAUCUCCCCAGGGCUUCAGGAGGCAGCAGUUGUUCUCAUCCUCUGAAAACCUGGCUGCUCAGUCUUGGAAGGAGCCUGGGGAGGGAGCUGCCGUGGAGUCUUCCACGAAGGACGCCCUGAAAUCCAUGUCCCUGCCGUCCUACCAGCCUGCGGUCAGUGGAGAUGUUCGGGAGAACACGGCUCCAGUGAACUUGGAGGCUGCAAAAGAAACCAAAGAGAGCAAGAAGCAGGAGACCAAGAAGUCCUCUUUGCUUUCUCUGGUGACGGGAAAGAAGGACGUGGCUAAGGGUGGUGGAGGAGACAGCCCUCCUGCCAUCUCUGGGAAGGAAGGCAUGCGUACAGGAGGCAAACCCAGGGAGGUCCCGUCGGGGCCUGUCGACGACCUCAGGAAAAGAUCUGAGAAAGACACGCCUGCCGUUGUCUCUGGAUCGGGUAAAUCCCUGAACCCCUUUGAAGAAGCGCAGAUGACAGAACUGGAAGCUGACCCACAGCCCAAGUCAGAACGUCCACCUGUCACCUCCAUGAGGGCCCCGCAGACCAAAGCCGUCAAGCCUCGACUGGAAGUGUCUCCAGAGGUCCAACCCACAGCCAGGCCCCCUCCUUCCCCCGACUAUCCUGUCCUUUUCUCUGCUCUUCCUCCCAGUUCUGCUCAGAUGCCUGUCCCAUCUGCACUAGGGUGUGAUUCAGAGGCACUGUCCUCUGACUCUCCUGUCUUCUCCUCUUUCUCAUCUCCCAUAACGGCUCCCAUUUCCACGUCCACGCCGAUUGAAAACUGGCCUUCCACAGACAAGAGCCGGGCCAGCCCUGAAGACCUGUCUCUGCUCCUGAAAGCAGGGUUGCAAAAGGAGAGCUUAGCCGAAGUUCCAAACACUAUUUCCUGUGCCUCGGGGUCACUUUCCAAACAGCCCCCCAUUCCGGCACGUAAAGAGACGGAAGAUUCUUCAGCGGGGAAGACCGGUGAGAUAGGUUCAGAGGAGAAUACAAGCGAUCAUGACCCAGAAGAGUCUCUCCUGAAGUGGCCUGAAAUGGGGCAACAAGAAAAGGAGCUUCAGAGGUUUCCCCCCAAAAAACAACAGGACUACAUCCUUUCAUGUGAAGAGGCCCAAGAUGUAACAGGCACCCUCUCACACCGAAGUGGCAGGACUGAAGGCCCAGCUGGAAGGGCUCCAGUCGGUGGGGGCACAGACCUUGGGAGUCCUUCUAGGUCUUUGGUGGAGAACCAGGUGAGGGUCGGUGGGAUGGCAUGUGCCGUGAAAGACGCAACAGCCAUCCCUGAAACGGGAGAGUCGGUGCUCCCCCUUGACGCCGUGGUGCAGAGAGGGGAAGGGGUGGGUGUGAGUGCCCAGCAGGGCCCACAGAAAACCAAGAAGUGGGUGUCCUUUUCCGAGCGGCUCUUUGCAGAAGGGGAGAUGGAGAGGUCCACUGGGCUGGUGGCAGAGGACAGAAGCGGUUCCCAGGAGCUGACGGGUGAAGCGGACGCCGUGGGAGGUGUGUCAGCCGGAGAGCCUGCCUCGCCUCCUCAUACACACGCCUCAGGGGCUGAGAGUGAGCCCAGGUCGUUGGAUUUCAGUGUGCCAGCCUCCGUGGACCCGCUUGCCCUCCUCUCUCUCAAGGAGAGCCUCCCAGACGGCCCGGCAAAUGAAGCGAGCUCAGGGAGAGGCCUUCCACCCGUUAGGGUUAAGGCAGAUGAUACCCUCCUGGCUCUAAAUCAGAGCAAAGCCAAUGAUCAUGAAGGUUUAUUGUCCGACCCCCUGUGCGAGCUUCAGUCUGCCUCAGCUGUUAAAUCUCCAGUCAUGGCCGAGCUGGACUUAACCCUGCCUUCCAUUCCUGAAGUCACGUCAGAUGACGAAAGAGUGGAUCAGUUUGAAGGGGACAGGGACACAGCCAAGAGGGCAGCCCUGGGAGCGGGGGCUCUUCCCUCGAGCACGUCACCCGCUCAUCCUGAGCAGGAAGAGGGGGGGCGGGGCGAGGCCGACGGCUCGGCAGCACCCGCAGAGCGCCUGCGUGACCUCAGGUCAAAAGCACCCGAAGCAUCUGUUCGAGCUGCUGCAGAGCGGGCUGUGGCUUUAGGAAUUCAUGGACCCUGUCUUGGCAAGAGCUCACGUCUGGGUAAACAGCUGCCAGGCCCCAGUGGAGGCGAGGAGGAAAAUCUGAUGGGAGAUGGGCGGCCAGGUCAGCCUCUUGACACAGCCCUCGGUUCUCCUACAUUCAGCCUGUCCUUUUCUGAGACCUUCUGUGCUACACAUGCUGUCCCCAGCCAUCCACACGCUGACACGCACCACACCCAUGCAGCAGAAUCUCAAAAAAAAGCAGCAGCAGAGGGCUCCGCUGGUAAAGUGGAAAAUCCUGGCAAGAAGAAGCCGCUUCUUCAGGCCUGGGUGUCACCCUCGGAGACACAUCCAGUCUCAGCUCAGCCGAGCGUGGGAACUGGGUCAGCCAAGCACAGACUCCAUCCUGUGAAGCCAAUGAACUCAACAGCCACCAAGAUUGCUAACUCCAGCUUGGGAACUGCCACCAUCAUCAGUGAGAACUUGAUCAACGAGGCUAUGAUGAAGAAAUACACCCCCUCGGACCCUGCUUUUGCUUAUGCACAGCUGACGCACGAGGAGCUGAUCCAGCUGGUCCUCAAGCAGAAGGAAAUGAUAAGCAAGAAGGAGUUUCAGGUUCGUGAGCUGGAAGACUACAUCGACAAUCUGCUGGUCAGGGUCAUGGAAGAAACCCCCAACAUCCUCCGAGUUCCAGCUCAGGUCGGCAGAAAAGCAGGGAAGAUGUGAGCCGCCGGCAUACAGCACUGAGACUUCUUGGGAGUUUGUUCCGCCUGCUCCCGAGGUCAAGGACUCAGUGUGCUUGACAGCCAGCAUCCAGGCUCCGAACAACCGUCUCCCUUGCAUGUUACCUGGCAAGAGUCAGUGCUACCAAUUGGAAGCCAGGUUAAUUAUUACAGUGAAUCUUUUCCUGUACAUUCCCAGGGUUUUAUUCUUAAAUGCCACUGUGCCUUUAACUAUGUUGUAAAUACUUUAUGCCCUGACCAGACAGACAUGGUCAUAAAAUCUGAUCCUGGCCCAGAGAUUCAGAUGGCACAUGGGGUAUUAAUGUAUUUUAGCAUUACAGGUUUUCUCUCUUUGAUGCUGACAUUUUAAAAUAGGUAUCCCCCAGUCACUAAAGUCUGGGGUGAAAUGAGAAGGACCCUGCAGUUGGUACCAUGUUACACAUGCUUUCUUGGCUUUGAGUAGCUCAGGGGUGGCUUUACGGCUGCAGAUGCUGAAUUUUGAUACCAUGUGAACCUACUGGGCUUCUUAGACUUGGUCUUGUUUUGACUGGAGCAGAGGAGUUCAGAGGAAGCCUCUGAAUGUGCCUUUUAGAUUUUGAGCCAGCUGCCUUUUCUAAACAUCAGUCUUAAAUUGUGCUCUCUAGUCUUAAACUGUCCUUUUUUUCACUCCAUAGGGCCCAUCUAUGAGGGGUGAAAAGUAGAAUAGAGAAGUAGAGAGUCACUUUGCACUCAGUCGGGCGCAGGGGUGGUGAGUCCCUCCUCAUGACAGCAGGGUUCCUGCUGGCUGGAAUGGCCUAGACCGCGCCUUCACAGGGACUGGGUGACCCAGGCAUUUACUAAAACCAGCCCACCAGAGACAGAGUGACUUCAGCAGGCUCCCUUUGGCCUUCUGCCCCCGGGCCUGCACCUGGCUCCCUGGUUUCUGUGGCAGCACUUCUGGCAUUUCUCCCCCUUGUUAGAAAUUUGUGAAGAGCAAGAAGGUGAUACUUAAUGUUUGGGUUGCUGGGUUUUUAAAGCUAGAUUAAACCCAUAUAUUUUUUAAACUAGGAUACUUGCACCCCACUUCUCAACUCAUAGCUCCAGUUCAGAUUCUUCUGGUAAUUCCAUUGUUAGUAACCCUGUAUUGGAAUUAGAAUGUUUCUGCAUCGUUCAUUUUCCCCUCCUGUUUGGGACAGAAUCUCUUCACAUCUAGGCCCUCUGCUGGGGGAAGAUUACCACAGGCCAGUGGGGUGGGCAGGGGUUGAGAUAAUAGCAGCUAUUAAAUUAGGUACCUCUUCUCUGUAUAUUCUUGUUAUAUUGUGGUCAGGAGGCAAGAGAUUAUUGGCAGCAGAAUCCCUUUGCAGGAUCCUGUUCGCUGCAACAUCAGUUAUAUCCGGAGCACUUUAAUCUGAAGGAUGAGACUGUAACUUGAUUUAUCUAAUUAGCUUUUAAUUAUCUCUAGCUAUUUUAUUUAAUACUUUCCUGCAGUACUGAGGACCAUUCUCAGAUGUCAUAUUUUUGUAGUGCUAUGGAAUUUAUUUACAUACCUAUAAAGAGAACUGUUAUUUUCACUGGAACUCUGACAAAAUGUACAUGUAUAUAUUUGCACCCCAAUGUUUUUUACUUACAUUAACGUAUUUUGACUGUGAUAACCCAAGUGCAGCUGGGUGGCAGCUGUGCUCUGAAUGGUUUCUUCUUUGAAGAGCUGGUGUGGAGAACUGCAUUGUUCAUGAGAGGUGGUGGUUAGAAGAGAUCUGCUAGCACCUUGGGUGUGAACCUCGGUCAGUGUUUGAGAAGCACUGUCCAGUGCAAGAGUGGAUUCCUGUGCUCUGACAUGCCUGGGGAUUCUGGAGAAUGAAGGACAAUUCUAUUUCAUGAGUAUCUGGCUCUGCCACUGCCGGAAAAAAAUGCAGCCGAUAGCAUUCCUGCACCUAUCAAAAGUAGGUAACCUGGAGGUCAUUAGUGAAUAACUGUCCUUGAGGACUGUACUACCUGAGGGAGAAUUUUUCUGCGAACAGUUUUAGCCUGCCCUGAGCCACGGGCAGGGGUUUGGGGAAUUGGAGUGUGGUGCUCCUGUAACGGCGUAUGUCGGAGGGCAUACACCAGUCUACGCAAGGAGAGAUGGGACUUGGCCCCGGCCGCUGUACACACUACCUAACUCACCGGCCCUGGGAGGAGACUGAGCUCUGGGGCAGCUCUUUUCCUGGCCUUGCCUGGCUACCCCUGGAAAGAGAAGUUGGUGCUUUUGAGAAGCAACAAACAGCAAACACCUUGCAGUGAACUUCACUUGAUCAGCUUGAAAAAACGUCUGUCUAUCCUUUGCCCGGUCGUUUCACAUCAUCU